CGAGCGAGCGCGUUGGGGCGGCAAAUAGAAUAUUAUAUUUACAAAACAAUCAGUCUCGCAACAAAACGUUAUAAGACACAACAGGAAUACACCCCAAACUCUGUUUCCUUCUCGAUAGAUUGUAUUAUUUUUCCGUCGGCACCGUUCGCGGGAUGAAGUCGCAAUUUGUUCAACAGAUACAAAUUCUGAUGGAGCUCCAACACGCCAAACUAGCGGAACGCGCGUUCGUCAACAAUAACAGUUACACCUGGUUGUUUACGAAAAAAACUUCGCAAACUUACUGGAUGAGCACCAAAGACGAAUUAAAAAUCCGCCGCGCUUUGAACAAGAUCAGUCAGGAGCAGGAGAUGAGGGUUCUGCGGCACGUGCUCAUCUUCCUCGAACGAAAUCCCAACUGCGACGCCAAACUCGUAGUCGAAAUCACCCUGCACCAUUUAAACGACGCGAUAACUGAGAAUUUUCUCAACGGGGCGCCGGCUUCGCGAAAUUCCGCGUUUCCGCGAGUGUCCAGUUUGCGCGACAGCAUCAGAAAAUUUUCCUUGCUGUCGUUGCGCGGUCCCCAAAAUUUAACGGUACCCCACACCAACGAACGUUCGAGAAGGUCGGUCACAUUUAACGAAACUCCGGUAAUUUAUACAAUUUCGAACAAAUAAAUAGU